UAAAGUACUGGCAGCUCCUCUUCCCGAGCUGGGACGUUCCCAGGACCAGUUGCUAAGCAGUCCUGCUCUGCCCGUCCUUGCCUGUGACCGGACUGUAAAACCACCUCUAAAGAAAAGCCUACCAGAUCAAUCCAAGGAGCUGGAUGUACCUCAAGGGGAACACGGCAAGCACAUGAAUGCAGCUGUCUGGAUUUCAAGGGUUCAAAUCCACUAGUUUUGCUCAGUAAGGACCCUCUGCCCCACAGCAGAAAUGGCAGAGGUCACCAUCUUCUUCCUCCGUGCCUGCCUGGCGCUGCUUGCCAUGCCCAUCUACCUGCUCUCCUUCCUGGGCAUAUGGCAGCCCUUCUGCAAGAAGGUAUUUUUCCCUUACUUCUUAGAGAAGAUUUCUGCAGUUCACCAGAAGAAAGCAAAGAAGCAUAAGCAGGAGUUAUUUCGUAACCUACCUGACUUCACCAGCCCCUCAGGAGAGCUGAAGCUGCUGGAGAUCGGGACCGGCUGCGGCGCCAACUUCCAGUUCUACCCACCAGGCUGCAAAGUCACCUGCACUGACAUAAACCCCAACUUCCAGCAAAGCCUGUCGAAAAACAUAAGCAAGAACCAGCACCUCCACUACGAGGGUUUCCUGGUGGCUGCAGGAGAAGACCUGCACCAGGUGCCCAGCAGCUCCGUGGAUGCCGUGGUCUGCACCCUGGUCCUCUGCUCCGUGAGGAACAUCACUGGCACCCUGAGAGAGGUUCUGCGAGUGCUCAGACCAGGAGGAGCUUUCUAUUUCUUGGAGCACGUGGCUGCGGAUCAUUCCAGCUGGAAGUAUUUUUGGCAGCAGGUCUGCUACCCGACUUGGAAACUCAUCUUUGAUGGAUGCUGCCUGACGAGAGAGAUAUGGAAAAAUCUGGAAGAGGCCAAUUUCUCGGAGCUGCAGUUACGACACAUCAAGGUGGAGCUGCCCUGGACGCCCAUUGCUCCUCACAUCAUCGGCCACGCUGUAAAGUAACUGAGCCUUCUCCCCUGCUCCCCCCCAAAAUUCCUCAACAUAAUCCCUCCAAACACCAGGGCACAGGCUAAUCCAGAUGUCCAAAUCUUGGCAACACGGUGAAGGACUUCAAUUAAAGCUUCUGCAUCGAGCGUUACAUGAGAAAAAAAAAAAAGAGGGUCAGUUUUCUAAAGGUCUUCGAAGGCCUCGUGCUGCUGAUGGUGCCAGGCCCCAGCACAGCCCGCAGAGGAUGCCAGAAGAGGUUGCAGAGCACAAAACAGCCCUGAAAAAAAAAAAAAAAAAAAGUAUUAAUUCAAAGGAACUUCUGCCUACACCUGGUUGAGUCUGGUUAAGGAUUCCUUCAGGUGUUCCCUGGGCUGGGCUCGGUCAGCCAUUGCACGCUCGCCCAUCUCUCCCCACGCUCCACCACAGCCGCUCAUCUUACAGCCUCCCAGCACGAGCACUCAGACCCUUCACACCGAACUUUCAGCUGCAAAUAUUUAUCUCCAAAACCCGCGGCUGCGCGGGGCGGGCACAACCCCCGGCCCCGCUCACCAGAGCCUCCCCCGCUCCGCCCUCCCUUGCGCCGUAACCGGUUCUAACGCUGUUCCCCCCCCCCCCCCGCCCUUUCCCAGAGCAUUAAAAGACUCCUCUUGCAA